GUCUAUGCCCCGUCAGCCAGCACUGCCGACUACAACCGGGAUUCUCCAGGUUAUCCAUCCUCCAAACCAGCAGCCAGCACUUUCCCAAGCUCCUUCUUCAUGCAAGAUGGCCAUCACAGCAGUGACCCAUGGAGCUCCUCCAGUGGGAUGAACCAACCUGGCUAUGGGGGCAUGUUGGGCAACUCUUCCCACAUCCCCCAGUCCAGCAGCUACUGCAGCCUGCACCCGCACGACCGCUUGAGCUACCCAUCGCACUCCUCAGCAGACAUCAACUCCAGCCUUCCUCCGAUGUCCACCUUCCACCGCAGCGGCACCAACCAUUACAGCGCCUCUUCUUGCACCCCCCCGGCCAACGGCACCGACACCAUCAUGGCCACCAGAGGAAGUGGGGCAGCAGGAAGCUCCCAGACUGGUGAUGCCCUGGGGAAAGCACUUGCCUCU